CUUUCAAGUCUCUUUUCUCACAUAGAAAUAUACAUUUCUUUCUAUCUCUCUUAAUAAUGAGUAAUUCUGAAGAUGAUACUCGAGACACACGCGGCCGUGACACACGUGAGAAAAAGAAGUACUGGAGUUACUAUAGGGGCCCGAGCAAGUCGAUGCCCCGAAAGACACAGCAUCGGGAGCGUAUGGCCUCAAAGAGAGUGCACGUUAAAGAAGAAGACUCUGAAAACGAUGAAGACAUAAAACAGGAGACAAAAUGGAAUCUACGGUCUUCUAGCACCGAAGGAGAGGCUGCCAUCUAUCAACUGCAUCCGGAGUCGGAGGAACAAGUCCCUGAACACUAUCCCUCAAGGGACAGCUUUUCGGUUUCUGGCUGGGAUCGUCGGGACAAAAUUACGCUCUAUAUGAUUGCGGGCUAUGUGCUGGGCAUUCUCCUGGUGCUCAUCUGGUACUAUCGCCAUCCGCGGCGAGCCAGUCUGGACCUCACCGAGAAGUGGCUGCUCAUUGUCCUCCUGUUCCUUUUUAUGAUGAUCCUUGGAUACAGUCGAGCAGCGAGAUGCGUUGUGGCAUUGAUCUUUCCCACUUUGGGCAGCCAUCGAGGACGAGCUCUUCUGAUAGCAUUGGCCUUUUUUGUGGCAGGCACUGGACCCGUGAUGAACAUCAUUCGAAACAUCGACAUCAUGGGCCACAGUCUCUCCUGCGGCCAGAGCCGUUUGCGGCAGGCCCUCACUCCCAUGCAGGAUAUCAUGGGGCAGCCCAUCAAUAUCGUAGAGCACUCUGUUCAGGGGACCAUCACGGAGGUGCGAAAGAUCAUGGAGAGUCUGGAUAAGGUCUUGAAGCAUCUGGAGGAACCAAUCGCUGAGAUUCAUGCCAAUUUCAAGUCCUGUGGCGAGUGGUUGCGCCUACAGCAGGGCACCUUUGAGCAGCAGAUGGGCACACCGUAUGAUCGCUGCCUUGGGGCAGGAUCCGUCAGCACCCACGAUUGCCAAACCAAAUUCGGGGCCAAGCGGAAGGAGUGCAAUGUCAAAGAUCGCUUUGUUUGGUUCUGCGAGAAUCUCAAGCCAAUGGCCAGCUUUUUUGAGCGCAAUGUCCAGCUGCAUCACGAGAUCUUUGAAGAGAUCUUUCAACGUUCGAAGCAGAGUUUCAUCAAUAUUCGAAAAAUGUUUGUGGUGGGCAUUACCUUCGUAGGCAAGCAAAAGAUAAAUGGAACGAAUGACUCCUUGGGAAGGGACAGCGAUGUGAUACUCGAGCACGAGAUCGGCAGAACCUUGGAGGCCCAGAGGCGUGCGUUUAUCCUAUUCUUUGUAUGCCUCGAUCUGGUGGUUUUCAUCCUCGUGUUUACUGUCAUCCUGCGAUCCAUUUACUUUCGAAUGCUGUAUCUGGGAAACCACAACUUUAACAAUGUGUAUAUAACGCACGCCUUCUACGUCUACGACAGGAGGAGUGAGCCAUUCGGGAUUCUUCCACUGCAUUCGGUCGAAAACAUCAAAUUUGUGAAGAUAACUUCCCUCCGUUUGCUGCCUGAAGAGUUCCAGAUAAUGACACGUUCCAUACUCUUCUUAUUUAUCACUGGCAUGCAGCUUUUUCUGAUAUGUUUCGUGGACUACUGUCUUUAUACAAUGCUGUCCAUGAUGUCCCAUCACGCACACCAAACGGCGGGUCUCAAACCUCCUGCAUACACGAGAAUUGUGAUCACCAAGGGUGGCAUGAUCGGAGAUAUACUCCGUUCCCUGGUCCGUGCCUUCGAGCCCUAUGCCAAGAACUUGGAUGUGGGGACAGAAAAGUGUCUGCCAGUGCCAGGAGAGCCGAAUAUAUUCCGCUACUACGAAGUAUUGGUGCUCUGUGUCCUGGCCUGGCUUCUCCUAAUCUGGGAGCCCUACAGCCUUCGUGUGCGACAUUGGGUCAUGGCCGUUUUUUAUCCAAUCGAUGCAUAUCGAAGAGUCAGGCACUUGCAUCAUCGCAUAACGGAAGAGAGAAUGACUUUUAUCAAGAAUUCCCGACGCAGAGUUCGUUCCUUGUAUCUCUAUUCAGACGGCAAUCAAUUUAUGUAUCUCUCUUGGUUUAGUUCUCUAAAGAUCUGGUGCCUUAGCGGUUGUCCUUCCUCUUUUGUUUGCAAAACAUGCGUCAUCUGCACCAAAGCCUUGACCACAAUGGAUCAUAUCUAUUGUGACACGCCCAAUUGCAGAGGAGUCUAUUGCCAAAGGUGUUUCAUCGACUCGAAUAACCACUGCAUUCUGUGCAAUCCACCGAGCCUGUACUGGGACUACAGUGAUGUAUCGGAGACCGAAGAGUCUUCUGAUGCUGCCGAUGAUAAUAAUGAUGAUCUUGUUGAUGAUAAGCAUGUUGAUAUCAAGCAUGUGGAUGCUAAGCAUGUUGAUAUCAAGCAUGUUGAGGAUAAGCAUGUGGAUGCUAAGCAUGUUGAUGCCAAGCAUGUUGAUGCCAAGCAUGUUGAUGCUAAGCAUGUUGAUGAUAAACAUGUGGAUAAUAAUCAUGUGGAUGAUAAGCAUGUGGAUAAUAAUCGUGUCGAUAAUAAUCGUGUUGAUAAUAAUCGUGUUGGUUCUGUUUCCGAUGAACCGAAAAAGAGUAUAUAUAAGAGUAGAAUGUGAGGAAUAUUUAUGAUGAUCUUUUUAAAAGAAUAUAUAU